AUGUUGACUUUUUCUGAAGUUUCUGAACACAACACUAAAGAUAGUUGUUGGGUUAUACUUUAUGGAAAGGUGUACGAUGUUACAGGCAUCCUGGACAGUCAUCCUGGCGGAACACAAGCAAUCAUCCGUUGGGGAGGACGGGAUGCCACCGAGGAGUUCGACAUGAUCCAUCCUUCUGAGACCUUGGAAGAAAUUGAGGGCUCAUAUCUUGGCACGGUCGAGCCACAAGAACAGCCAAUUGCCGAUUCUACGCCCAAAGAGAUCACCCAAGCGCCAUUAAGCACGCUGCUGAACCUAGACGAGAUGGAAGUUGCAGCCACAAAAGUCAUCAGCAAAAAGGCAUGGGGGUACUACUUUUCCGCUGCCGACGACAAGAUAUCAAAGUAUUUCAACACGCAAGUUUAUCGCUCAAUUCUGUUCCGACCACGGGUAUUUGUUGACUGCCGCACCUGCGAACUGGAAACCGAGCUCCUAGGCCACAAAGUCGGCUUACCGAUCUUCGUCAGCCCAACUGCAAUGGCGCGUCUAGGACACCCUGCAGGAGAAAACGGGAUUGCCGAAGGUUGUCGCUCUUUCGGGUGUCUUCAAAUCAUCGCAAACAACUCUUCGCUGUCUCCGGAGGAGAUCGUCGCGAACGCACCCUCAACACAGAUAUUCGGAUGGCAGCUUUAUGUUCAGCUGAACAGACAACUGAGCGAAAGUAUGUUGGCCCGUGUUAAUCGAUUGGAUCGCGUCAAAUUCAUUGUAUUGACACUCGACGCACCGGUAUCGGGUAAGCGGGAAGACGAUGAACGGAUCAAUAUCCAAGCCAACACAGCGGCAAGUGUCAGCAACCAGCUCUUUGCUGGGACGGAUCCGUCGCUCACAUGGGUAGAUACUCUUCGGUGGUUAUCGCAGCAUACCACCAAGCCCAUUGUACUGAAGGGGAUUCAGACACACGAGGACGCCAUUCUAGCGGCUCAGUAUGCACCUUUGGUGAAGGGGGUUGUGUUAUCGAACCAUGGUGGGAGAUCACUUGAUACAGCGCCCCCUGCUGUGCAUACUCUGCUUGAACUUCAAAAAUACUGCCCGGAUGUGUAUGAUAAGGUUGAAGUGUGGGUGGAUGGCGGGAUUCGUCGCGGUACAGAUGCCGUCAAAGCACUUUGCCUUGGGGCCAAGGCUGUUGGAAUAGGAAGACCGGCUCUUUGGGGUCUCGCUGCCGGUGGGGUGGAGGGGGUCGAGAGGACAUUGCAAAUUCUCUCGGAUGAGAUGAAAACAUGCAUGCGCCUCCUUGGUGCGAAAACAGUGGGGGAUCUUGGCCCUCAGCACGUCAACACGGCUAUACUGCAGCAGCAAAUAUAUGGAGGACCUUCGCAUCUAGUAGAUGAAACUUGGGGUUUCAUGAAAGGAAAACUUUGA